GCUAAUUUUUCUCAAUUCAACUAAAAAGGUUUAAAUAAAACAAAUAAAAUGGCGGGUCGCGACACUUUCGAGCUGCGUUUUGCGGCCGUCGCGGCAUCCGCCGCCGUAUUGAUCUUCCUCUUUUCCAGCCAAGCCGUGGAAGCAUCACGUAUGAUGAACCUAUGCUCUCACACCGCGUAUCCAUCUCUGUGCCAGCCUUUGGUGAAGCGUGUCACGAACCCAAGAAGAGCCACGCACCAAACCAUACAGGCUUUGGAGGCUAAGACAAAGCUGGCUUUAACUGAAGCGGCCAGGUACAAAAGCGGUAACCAAGAGAUCACUACAUGUUAUGAAACGUUUACCGACGCGCUAUAUAAUUUGGCAAACGCGAGGAAGAGUAUAAGGAAACGUAAUGUGAUGGCGAUGAACACGUUUUUAACUGCGGCUGUGUCUGAUUUCGGUGUAUGUGUUGAAGGGUUCAUUGACAAGGGUCAGGUUAAUACGGUUCAAAAUGCAGCGGUUGAUUUGAGGAAAAUUGGCACCAAUUGCUUGAUGUUGUCUACAUUGAUUAGAUGAUCAAAUAACAAACAUUUGUUAUUUUCUCCAAUAAAAAACUAAUUAAUUUCUUCUAAAUGAAAAAGAGAACAAAAAAUUCUAACUAAUGAAAAAGGGCUUUUCUUUGUUGAUUUUAUUUUGGGGAGCUGUUUGUUGAUCAUCAUUCGUCGUGUAAACGCCACUGGGUAUAACUAAUAUUUAUCUUAUGUAAUUAAUUGCUAUUAGAUUAUUAUUUUUUCUUAUGGUAAUUUCAGUCAUAUGA